AUGGCACAGCCUGUCUUGGCGGUGUCAAUGAACCCGCUGGGGCUGCGGGAUCCAAAAUUCGACGGCCCGCAGGGAGAUGCCAUCCCAUUCUUCCACGAGGGCAGGUACCAUCUCUUCUAUCUGGAGGCGCCGGCAGGCAAGGACGACCAGCCUGACCGCGGGCGCACGCCUUGGCGGCAUAUCGUCAGCGACAACCUGAUCGACUGGCACGAUCUGGGAAUUGCGUUGCCACUUGGUGAAGGUGAUGAUCCCGAUGUUGACGGGAUUUGGACAGGCUCCAUCAUUGCAGUUGAUGGCGUGCUACACGUUUUCUACACCGGUGGCCGGCGUAUGGCGAGCAUCCCGCAAACAAUCUGUCAUGCGACGAGCACGGACGGAGUGCUCUUCGAGAAGAGUCCCUCGAACCCGAUUCAUUUCCCGCACAGAAUGUGGUUCGAGCAACGCGACUGGCGCGAUCCAUUCGUGUUCUGGAAUGGAGAGCAUGAGCAGUACUGGAUGCUAAUUACCGCGCGUGCGAGUGAGGGACCUGCCGGCCGCAGAGGUGUGGUCGCGUUGAGCACUUCUGAUGAUCUCGUAUCCUGGGCCACCGUUCGCGAACCUUUCUACGCACCAGGCAACACAUAUUCGAUGGAAUGUCCCGAGGUGUUUCGCCUUGGGGACAAGUGGCGUCUGGUUUUUUCUCGCUUCACCGAGUAUGCCGCGACCGUCUACCGAGAGGCGGAGGAUCUGGCCGGCCCAUGGCGCACCCCGAGACAGCCAGCAUUGGAUGGCGCUCACUGGUAUGCGGCAAAGUCUCUAGAAGAUGUUCAUGGACGCCGUAUCGCGUUCGGCUGGGUCCACGAUCGGCGUGGCUUCACAGAGGGAGGCGAGUGGCUGUGGGGCGGGGACAUGUGUCUUCCGCGCGAAAUCUUCGUUGGCGAAGAUGAUCGUCUGUGCGUACGUAUACCGCGCGAAAUCGAGGGCCAACUGAUGUCCCAACGGGCACUCCUAAUUCGACAGGCAUCCGGUGACACGACGACCGAAUGGGAAGCCAGCGUGCCUGGUGCCUUCUCGAUAGCCGAGAUCGAGAUUGGCGCUCUGCAGCGCAGUUUGACUCGGCUUACGGUUGAAGCUGAUCUCCAGGAUCUCGCUGGCGGCGUGGGCCUGGCACUCUACACGAACACCAGGCUUACAGAGGGUUUGCUGCUCUUCUUCGACGCCAGCACUGGGGUUAUCAGCUUGGGUGGACCUACGGGGGGACAAGAGGACGACCGUCUGCCUGUGCCGUUCGUAACGAAUCAAAUCAAAGGUCGUUCAAGUGGAAAGCUCCGAUUCGACUUGUAUUUGCGAGGCAACGUGCUCGAGAUAUUCGUCGAUAGACAGGUCGCACUUACGUAUCGUCAAUAUUUCGAUCGGCCGUUCACCGCAAAGCCUUACGUCGAAGAUGGAGUCGUCACGUUUAGGGCGAUGCUGGCAACGCGGAAAAGCUAG